AUGGAAGAAGAAAAUAAUCAACUUUCCCCAAUUUCGAGUAGUACAUCUUCUAGCAGCUCUGUUGAGCAUGACGCACUCGUUCAAGUUCGACACUGUAUCGAGGAAGAUAAGAUUGACGGUACACCAAUUGGUAUUCGGAUUUUUUUCCGAAGGUUGUAUUUUUUCCAGUAGAUUCUGUAUUCGCACAUCGCCUCGUGCUCUCCACAUUCUCUCCAAUGUUCCAACAGUUGCUCAAGGAUGCCACGUCAUCAGAUGAUAUCACAUCCAUCAGAUUGGAUCUAACCAAGUUCCCGAAUGGUUUGGCUGCUUUCAAAGUCAUGCAUGAAGCGUUUUACACUGGAGAGAUCAAACUGGCAGGAAUCAGUCCAUCUGAGGUUAGUCUAGAAUUCCACGUCAUAAUUUUCACGUCACUGGUUGUUUAGGUGCUAGCAGUCAUCAGGCACUGUCAAGUCGCGGGGCUUGAGAGCAAAGUGAUGUCCGCAGCCGUUUCUCCGAUGAACAUAGCCGGUCUACUACAGCCGGCACAGGUUCCAGGAGUCAAUUCCUUUGUACCGUACACCCCGCCAGUGCAGAACUACCUGUCAAAUAUGCUCAGUCUGUGGACGAACCCGUUGUUCAGUGCUAUUUUCGGCAGCGCAGCUACGACUCUUCCGUUCUCUCCACAAUCAGAUACGGAAAACAUCAGGUACUAUCCAUUCUCAAUGGACUUUUACACGCCAAUAAUGUAAAAUCGAGUUUCACGUGACUUUUUGAGCGAGAGCACUACGUUGAAGUCUCUCACUACUAACCAUAUUUCGGAAGAAAAAAAAUUUACUGGCCUAAUCUAAGGUCACGCGAAAUUGAAGUUGCAGUUCAUUUCCUGCAGUUCAUUUCCAAAUAUCCUUUUUACCGUACCGUAACCCAACUCUUCCUAGAACUCAAUCGGAAGGCAGUUCGCCACGUGCCAACUCGACGGCCACUCCACCAACUACUGACUUGGAGAAGAUUGUUCCUAACGACGAUAAGGAAGGAUGGUGCAGAAACAAAAAGUACAUCGAGAAGGUCGACGGCGGAUUCAUGUGCACAGUGUGCCGAAAGAUCUACGGGCGGUACAACUCUGUCUCCUACCACGUCACAAUCUAUCACAGGAAUCCACCAAUCAAGUGAGUCUUCAUAGCGGUCGCUUAUCUUUAAUCAUCUGGUAUUGUAGAUGCGAAGAGAACGGAUGCAAUUUUUCAACGCGUGAAGCAAGAUACAUUCAUUUCCACAAGUACUACCGUCAUCAUAUUCCUCUUCCGGAGAACAUUGACCUGGGUAUACUUUCUACAGAUCAAUAAACAAUUCUCAAAGAAUAUUCUAGGUUCCCGAAAGUGUCCCUUCUGUAGACACGUCUCCAAGAGUCCUGCAAUGCUGGAGAAGCACAUCGCACGACACGAAGCCGAGGGAUUAUCUGGAACUCCGGGCGCACUGAAAAGAGCUCAGAGCAAGUGAGUACCGUACUUUCCGGCUUUUUCACUUUCUAAAGUGCAAUCGUUCAAAUCUCGACAUUUCCCUUUGGUAGUCUCAUGUGCUCAGGCACUCAAAGUGCGGGAAUGAGUCUAUUAAAUUAAUGCGUUGGGUGGAGAAUUAGUUGCACUUUGUCGAGCGAACAUUGCACUUUUUGAAUUCUCUUGUCAGCCGGGGGAAACAGACGAGUUUAUGGAACAUCAGGGACCUCUCAUAGAGAUGAUCUUCAUUUCUUGCAGAAAUGAAUUUCAGCUUUACAAGCGGUCAUGUCAAUGUUGAAGUUCUAUAUUUUUAUUGACGUGACAAGCCCAGAUCCUUGGGAAAUGAGUAUUAUCUCUAUCUGAAAUAUGUGAUGACAUAGCCCAAAAAUCAUGUUUUGCCCGUUCAUCUACUUCCCCGUUGUUACUCUCACUCUUCGGAAAAUCCAGUUUUUCCGUUCCUUUCGGCGAUAUUUUCGCUAAAAACAGUUAGACGACCGUACGCGAAUCUUGAGAAGAAACAAACAUCGGAAGACUAAUGACUUGAAGGGGCUGACUGGAAUUCACAACUUGAUUUUCAGAAAAAAGAUUGUGUCGACGGCGCCCGAAGUCGCCAUCCCAAAUUCCAUCUUCACGAACACUCCUGUGGUGCCUCCGAUUCAGUGCUCUCUGUGCCAGUUCACCACGUUCGGAACUGAUAUUCUCUUCAUGCAUCUGGCCACCGCUCACACGCAAGAACUCGCUCAAUUGGGAAUAGCCGACAACUCUUCGGAGACCUCCGCAAGCACUUCGAGCAACAGCGAUAGUGAGCCGAUCACUGACAUCGACAUCGACGUGAAGCCGCUGAUCGACCAGACUCUAAUGCUUCCUCUAAACACUCAAAUUUAA